ACUUCCGCCUUCCCAGGUCGUCGGAUUGGUACCUGUCUGUCUCACCUGUCUACUGUUCUGUUCAGCAGGUGAUAGUUUAUUUGUUACAUCGGAGACCACAUUUCACCGAAGAACGUUUCCUGACAUUUGUUCAACCCUACCGAGGCCGGCCUCACAACACGGACAAGGACCAGUGGCGCACAAGUAAAGAAAGGAAGGAUGGAGGUUUCCACGGUGUUGUUACUGAUGAUCAUCGCAACAGUCGUGUACAACGUCUACAAAUGGUACCUGGAAAGGGAACGGAUUGACAAGAUAACAGAUAAGUCCGUUCUCAUCACUGGAUGUGACACCGGUUUCGGCUUCGAGCUGGCCCAGCGGCUGGACGGGCUCGGGUUCCGGGUGUUCGCGGCCUGCCUGACCGAGGACGGCGUCGGGUCGGUCCGGGCCGCCUGUUCGGAGCGGACCGUGCCCAUCAUUAUGGACGUGUCACAGCACGACAGUGUGCAGAACUGCUUCCAGAUAGUGAAAACUGCUGUUGGACAAGGAGGCCUGUGGGGAGUGGUGAAUAACGCGGGUGUGGUUGGAGGAGGUAUGCCUGUAGCAGAGUUGUGUCUGCUAGACGACUAUCGCCAGGCUUUGGACAUCAACCUGAUCGGCACCGUGGAUGUUUCACUGACCUUCCUCCCGCUUCUGAAGAGAUGCCGGGGACGACUGGUGAACGUGUCCAGCUGCAUGGGCCGCUUCGCCACCAGACUGGGGCCGUACUGCACCUCCAAGUUCGCUAUUGAAGGCUUCUCGGACUCACUCAGGCGAUCUCUACCCAAGUUGUUCGGUGUUUCCGUGCACUUGAUCGAGCCCGGCGGUUACAAGACACGCUUUGGAGAUGAAAACAGAGCCCGAACGGCUUUCAUGAACGCCUGGAAGCGACUUCCAGCUGAACUGCAGGACGAAUAUGGUGACGAGUACCGCGAACAAGUGUCGGAGGGUUUGAUUGACAGCUUUCAAUCGCUCGCCUCUUCGAAAACCCACGAAGUCAUCGACGCCAUGGAGCAUGCGCUGUGUGCAGCCAAUCCCCGCAGCCGAUACGUGGUUGGCUUGGACGCCAUGUUGUUGCUUAUCCCGUUGUCUUGGUUACCGACUUCCUUAGCUGAUGCCCUAUUCUGCAAUGCUAAAAAGCCGCCGGUGCCUGCUGCACUGAAGAAAUCUCACUGAUGACACCAUGUUGAAACAAGAAAGAAAAAGAGGGAGGGGUACUUGACCCAUAAUGUUAUGAUGGUUAAAGAGUAUAUUCACUGCUUACAGUAAAUGGUCAUUUUUGGCAACUCCUCGGGGCUUGAGUCUGUUUUUUUCAUAUCUGCCGCUGUCUAGUGGUGGGAAAAACGAUUUACGGGCAGUAAAGAUGCAUAUCUUGUAACCGUCCUCUCUAUUGACCUCGGAGCGUUUAUGGACUUGAGUGCUGGACAAUGAUUUUGUUUGGACGCAUUGGAUUUUAUGUUUGUAUAUUGUUUACAGCUGGUGUCUCCACUUUGACUGAAUGUAAACACGUCUCGUUCUGUUUACAUGUAUAGUGGGCCUCCUUGGAAACCAACUUUCUAAGUUGAGGGGUUUAUAUAUAGUUACCCACCCAUCUUAAGUUGAAAAAGAUAGAUGUAUUUGCUUUUUUUUAUGCGUGUACAUGUGAAGGAAACGUUUUUCUCAGAGCUAUCGUCAUACGUUUUCGAGUAUACCAUCUUAAAGUAUUCCAGAGCAAGGUAUUAAAUCCCAUGGGGAUUAGCUUUUGUAUGGAGUUUGACAUCGAAGAUACUAAAAGCUUUUUGCACCAUAAAGUUUAGUUUGUCAGAAUUUUGGUUUGUAAAUGUUGAUUAUUGCAUAACAUUAAACGGUGAUACAUUUACCACAAUAAGUGUUCUGAAUUUUACAAGCUCAAUAUAUAUCUAUACAUUUAA